AUGCAGAGACAAUCUGAGAUUGACAAGUUUCUCGCAGCCUUGUGCCACUGGCUAGCUGCCAUUAACGAUGGCAUACCAGCUGAUAUGCAUCGAAUCGCAAUGGACAUGGCUCAUCCUCAUCUCUCGGUAGUCACCGUAUCAUCCAAUAUCGUAACACUCAGACAGCUGCUGAGAGACUAUGAGUCUCGCGUCCAUGAAGCGAAGUCGCAGUCGUCUCUCGUUGCGGACUUCUGCAGGCUCAAUCAGCUUCUGCAGUGCGAAUAUGUGGAGCAAAAUUCGAAACUAACCGCAGCAGCGGCCGAAAAAAAAUCAUUGACACUCAAGAUAAAUCGGCUGGAAGAGAAGUUGAGCAAGACUGAGGCGGAAAACGAUCGAUUGAUCCGGCAAAAAUAUCCAGCAAGACUCGGGCCACCACCUCACUCAUCUCCGUGGUAUGCUUUGGAUCACGGCCCAAAGUCCCACCUGUCGCAAGUGCUGGACCGGCCCAAAGCAGCGAAGCGCGACUCCAAGUCGUCACUGCAGGACAACUCCAACUGGAAAAAGAAGUACGACGAGCUCUUACACAAAUACAAGAAAAGUGAAGCCAACCUCAAGCAGCUGGCAACUGGCAGACAACGGCGAGACAGCGGGCUCGAGGACCAAGCGACGUCUUCGCAUGAUCGAGCUGCAUCUGUUUCCUCCGACCCCCUAGUAUUACAUACCGACCUCGAACGCAGCAUUUCACGGCUCCGCGAGCAAAAAGACGACCAGCGCCAACGACUGACUCAGCUUAAAGCCAAGAACGAGGGGCUUCAAGCCGAGUUAGAUGAUCUGGAGCAAGACAAAGCAGUCCUGGAAGCCCAGAAUGUUAUGGCUAGUACCAAGCUUUCGAUUGCGCAGCGAACGCAGACAUUGCUGCAGAAACAAGUGCGUACUCUUCAGCAUGAGUGUGAUGCUUUAUGGGAGCACCUGAUCUACAUUGAAGCUGAAAGGGACGAUGUUGGUGGAGAAUCAGUGCAGAAUCGAGGCGAGAAGGCUGGUGGCUGGGUACAACAGGCGGCCGCCGUGGUUCUGGGAGUGCUGCAAGAGGUGAACGAAAGACAAAAGAUGUAUUACGUGCUACACUGA